CAUUGAUAUGUAGCUCCCUCCGUAAUUGCCCCUCCCGGACCCGCCUCCUUGGCCCCAGGGGCUUUAGAAGCUCGGGGUUCUCUGGCUAAACUGAGAAGGUCUCCGCAUUCCUGCUGGUCUGGAGACAGACGCCUUGCAGAUUCCCAGCCUCUGCAAGAGUGCUCAAGAGAACGGACUGAGCGAUGCUCAUGAAGUCCUGGUGCUUUCUCUGGCUGUUGGAAUGCCAGGUGGUUCUGGCCCAGAGCAUCUGUAGGGGGGAAAGAAAUGGCACUAGGAGACCAAAGGCUAAACAAGUUUUAUCAAAUAAUGUUGAAAAACUCCCUGGUUUCAGUAACAAAGAUAAAGACUGUAUCCUAGAAAUGGCCUUUUUGCUUGAUAGUUCUGAAGAUGUGGGCAAUUAUUAUCAUGAGCAACAAAAGAAAUUCGUGUUGGAAACAGUGAAUAAGAUGAAAGGUCUACAACUAACUUCUGGGCAUACCCUCCAAUGGAAAAUGUCCUUGCUGCAAUAUAGCAGUACUGUCCUCAUGAAGCAGACCUUCCACAGCUGGGAGGGUCCUGAAGACUUCCAGAGCCAUGUUGCAUCCAUCACACCCACUGGUCCUGGAGCAUAUAUGACUUAUGCCAUAACUAACUUAACAUGGCUGUAUAAGACAGAAAGUAUUCCUGGCAGUGCCAAGGUUGCAGUGCUCUUUAUAGAUGGAGCUAAACAAGCAAGAAACACAGAUAUUUCUGCAGCUUCUAGGAAGGCUAAAAACCAAGGCAUCGUCUUCAUCAUUGUGGGAUUAUCCAGUGUCGCUGAGGAGACAGCCAGUGCUGCUAUACUAUAUCGCCUUGCCAGGGUCCCUGCCUCACAAGUUGUCUUUAGUCUACAGGAGAAAGAAGUUGUGGAAAAGGUUCUUAAAAAAACAAAAGAACUGACAGAGGAAAAGUGCCUUCAAACUUCUGCAUGCUUGUGUGAGAAAGGGGAAAGAGACUUUCCCUGCCCUGGCAAAAGAGGCGACUGUGCCAUUCCAAGGAUAAAAGGUGACUGGGGAUCUCAGGGACAUCAAAUUGACCAAGGAGAAAGAGGUCCUCCAAAAAAAGAACUCCCUCAAACAAAGAGUGAAGUUGGACCCCAACAUCCACCUUCCAGCUUUCCUGAUGCUGGGAUCCACAGAGAGAAGGGUGAACCUGGUUCUCCAAGCCCAAAAGGUCUGCCUGGAUACCCAGGAGAAGUUGGAAUCCCAGGACAGAGGAAGUAUCCCAGGGUACCUGCAGUCCAAGAUCCAAGUGUUAUUCUAGGUGUCAACAUCCCCGGUAAAAAGGGCAACCAAGGUCAGAGAGGCAUGCAUGACUUACCAGAAACAACAGGAGCACCUUGGACUACAGAGUCUAAAGGAAAAAUUGGAUCCAAGGAUGAUCAAGGCCUCACAAGAGAAGAUAUAAUUAAACUAAUUAAAGAAAUAUGUGGCUGUACCAUUAACUGUAAGGACAUGCCAAUGGAGCUUGUUUUUGUGAUCAAUAGCCCUGAAAGCAUGGGACCUGAAAACCUAGAGGUCGUCAAAGAUUUUGUCAUAUCUCUAGUUGACAGAGUCACUGUAGGGAGAAAUGCUACCAGGAUUGGCCUUGUGCUGUAUGGUUCAGAAGUUCAGCUCACAUUUGGUCUGGAUAGAUUCAUUGCCAAACAGGAUGUGAUACAUUCCAUUAGGAAGAUAUCAUAUGUGGGAAAAGGCACUUUUACUGGCACAGCCAUUCACAAAGCAACCCGAGAAGCAUUUUGGGGGGCCCGGACAGGGGUCAGGAAAGUAGCUGUCGUGAUCACAGAUGGCCAAACAGAGAAGAGUGAAGCUAUCAAAUUAGAAGCUGCUGUCAGAGAAGCUCAUGCAGCCAACGUUGAGAUAUAUGCAAUUGGAAUCAUCAAUAUUUCAGAUCCAAAACAAUAUGAAUUUGUCCGGGAAUUAAACUUGAUUGCAUCAGAUCCAGAUAGGGAACACAUGUACCUCUCUGACAGCUUCAAUGCCCUCCCAGAUUUGGAGUCCAAGUUGGCAAACCAGUUUUGUGCUAAUGAACAUAAUGCAUUAAUUUCUGGACAAACCAGAAAUGAUAGGAUAAUUGGAAAGUCUUUCCAAUCUGCAUUGUUCAAUUCCGCAAAUAACUUACUCCACAACAGCAGCAGACUGAAUGGACAAACAACUUCAUCAGAUAAGCAGAAAGCAGAUACACGAGAAAACUAUUUUGGCUCUGACAAGCAUUCUCAACCAACCACAACGAACAAAGAAUCACUGGUGUUACUGUAUGAAGACUAUGAAGAAAAAUAUAAGAAAGUAAAACAGCUACCUAUAUCAUCAAUGAAUCUUCAAGAAAAUACAUGGAAUCCACAAUGUCAAUUAAACUUAGAUCAAGGAUCAUGCCGUGUAUAUGUUAUAAAAUGGUACUAUGAUAAGAAAGCGAAUGCUUGUGCUCAGUUUUGGUAUGGCGGCUGUAAUGGAAACGCUAAUCGCUUUAAUAGCGAAGAUGAAUGUGUAAAGACCUGCGUAUUUUUCCACGGAGGUACAGUGUGAUAAUAUAAAUAGUCAUAUGUUUAUGUAACCUGUAAUAAUGACCACCUACUCAAAUGAGAAAAUAAUACAAAAUAAAUGAAUUCCCAUUGAAAUCACAACUGAAUGUUUCUUCAGAAAUGAUAGCAAAUUAAGGUUACUUCUUUCCAUUUACCACACUCUGGAAACUCUAUUGAAAACCUUCUUUCUCUCUCCUAUCACUGCACAGAGAAAGAAAAGGGUUAUAUGUUGGUAUGGCCAUAAGUAUUUGCAUGGAAUGAAAAGAAUUUUUUCACUUAUAUUUAAUAUGCUGCCAGCCUUGAGCAAUGACACCAAACUAUCAGAGAAAAUGUCUAGUGCUCUGGACUAAUCUGUCCUGUAUUCAGUAUGAUAAAAAUCAGGGAAGAGUAAUUAGGUUGGGUUGGUUUGGGAGAGGGGUGGUAGGAGUAAUGGUAUGAAGAGAAUAGGAAGAGCCCCUAGGUUUUGUGUGUGUGUGUGUGUGUGUGUGUGUAUUUAUAUCAGAACCUAAAAGUUUCUUUUUAUUUUUCAGACACCUAAAGUAUUAAAGUAGAUUCUCCAAUUUUGUAAUAGGAAAAAAAGUUUUUAUUCAAAAGACGAAAUAUUGUAGGCAUUCAACUUUUUGCUAAGUCACUUGAUUUUAUGAUUUUAAAUAAUAUUUUGUAUUUAUUUCACAUUGCUUCAUAAUGAUUUUUUACAUUUUAAUCCAAUUAAUGAUAAAUGUCAUUGAGGGACUUAUGACAUUUGUUGAGUGAAUAUUUUGUCUUCUUUUAUAAAAGUACAAGACAAAUGCCUUUUAUGGUUCAAAUAUAGAUAUAUUUUUUCCUUUAAAGGCUUUGCUUUGUACCUACUGACUAGAUACAAAGUUUCUAAUGGCUAUAAUAAAGUUACUUUAAAUGAAUUCCUGUUUUACUUCUAUCUAAUGGAGAAUUUUUAUGCAACUGAUUCAUGUUUUACCAGUUCCAGAUAUAUUCACAUGAGGAAA